AUGAGAAUAUCUAACUCACGACAAGAUUCAAUUGAAUUUGUUAAUAAUUUCUGGGGAAAAUCACCAGAGCAAAGUUUUAAAAUUAUAUCAAUUAGAAUUAAAGAUUCAUUAAAUACUUUAAAUGAGUUAAUACAAUUUUAUCAAGAGAAAUUAUCAAUUGAAAAAGAAUAUACCAAAAGGUUGGAAAAAUUGAGUAAUAGACAUGGUUUAGGUACUCAUGAAACAGGAUCAUUAAAGAAAUCAUUUGAUAAAUUAUUAAAUGAAAAUCAAGAAAUGAUUCAAUUUAAUCAUAAAUUUAUAAAAUCAAUUACUAAUAUCAACUUAAAUAGAAUAUCACAUUUUCAACAAAUUUAUUCAAAAAGAGUAUCCAAAUUAACUUCACAUAUGGAAAAAUUAUUACGUAAGAGAAAUCAAGCCCUUGAAGAUUUAAAUUAUUAUAAAUUAAAAUAUAAAGAAGAAACCAAAAUGAUUAAAUCCUUAAAAUUAUCCGUUCAAACUACUUGGGGUAAAGAAUUGGAAAAAGUGGAAGCAAAAUUAAAUAAAUUAAUGAGUUCAGUUUCUCAGACUAAGAAGAAUUAUCAUCAAUCACUAACUAUUUAUAAAGAAAUAAAUCAUAUAUAUUUAACUGAUUGGUCAAUAUCCUUAAAUGAUUUUUAUAAAUUGGAACUUGAAAGGAUCCAAAUUUGUAAAGUUAAUUGUUUUAAUUAUUGUAAUAAUAUAGCUACACUUUGUGUUGAUUUAGAUGCUAGUGUAGAUAAUGCAAGACUGGUCUUUGCGCAAAUUCAACCGCAAUUAGACAUACAAGAGUUUAGUAAUAAUUAUGGUACGGGAAAUAAAAUUUAUAAUGAUCCAGAAUUUAUUGAUUAUAUGAAUGGACAAGCUGAUGAUGAAGAAAAAGAAGUAGAUUAUCAAUUAUCAAAUUUAAAAAAUCCAGAUUAUGUACCUAUAUUGUCUAGAACUUAUUCGACUUAUGCAAUAAAUCAACAAAAAGAAGAAUCUGAACCAAUUAACUACUCACCAACUAAACAAAAUGGAUAUAUACCAGAUCUACAACAAGAAGAAACCACAACUUACUCACCAAUAAAGCAUAAUGAGUUUAAAGAUACUGCAUAUACUCCAACGAAACAACAAACAACUCCACAUUACAAUUUCCAAAUUUCACCAAUAAAGAAAUCUAACGAUAAUGACAACUUUACAUCUCUAUCAAAACAAAAUAAUGGUUGUUCGCCUAAAAAGAAACCACCUAUUGAUUUAUUGUCACAAUCUACAAUUGAUGAUGUGUUUUCAAAGGAUGAUAGAUUAUCUAAAGGUGGAUCUACAUCAAGUUAUGGAUCAGAAAGAACUUGGAAUUCACCAAGAAGAAAAGAAAAAGAGAUAAAUAAAAUGCAAAAUGAAAUAACAAGAAGAGCAACAAAUGAAUUUAAACGACAACACAAUCAACAAUCACCAACUAAAGAAACAAAAGUUCCAAUUAUGAAAGAUUUUUCUAUAGAUUUCAUAGCUAAAGCUUUAGAAGAUUUGAAUUCAGGUGGCAAUGGAGAUGUAAAUCAAUUUAGAAGAUCAGUUAGAUCAAAUAAUGAAUUUAAUAAUAGACCAAAAUCUGAUUUUAUAAAUGAUAAAAAUGAAAUACCGACGAGAUAUGAUUCAAUAAAUUUUAAUAGACCAAAAUCAAUGAUUUUAGAAAAUGAAAGAGUCAUUCCGAAAAAUAAAGUAACCCCAAAUGGUAGAUUAUAUCAAGUUAAAGCAAUUGCUCGAUAUUCAUUCAAACCUCAACAUGAAGGUGAAUUAUUUUUCAAAAAGAAUUGGCAAAUGUUUAUAAUUCAUAAACAAGAAGAUAAUUGGUUCGUUUGUGAAUUAGGAUUAAAUUGUGAUAAAUAUAGUGGUAUGGUUGGUUUAGUACCUGGGAAUUAUAUAAUAGAAGGUGAUGACUUAUUUUAG